CUCUUCAAGCUGCACACAACAAUGCAGAGCACUCUACGAGAAUGGUCAGAAAAUUAGGGAGAUACACGGAAACAAUGGCGACCAGUGAUAAAACCAUAAAGUUGAAAAAGUUUUUCCAAUUCGUCAACAUCUUUUACUUAUCCAUCGGCAUGGUAGCGUACGACACAGAGGAAUGGAACAAUAGACACACGCCAGAGGUGCGCAAGUGGACGAGUCGCCUGUUGAGCUGGAUUUUCAUUUGCCAAGUGCUAAAUCUGAAUUUGGUGCUCAUCUCGGAACUGAUCUAUGUGGGAUUAGCAUUUGCGAGCGCCAACAAUUUCUUGGAGGCCACAAUGAAUCUCUGUUUCAUUGGCUAUGUGGUGAUUGGUGUAAUCAAAAUACGUGACAUUUGGUCUCAGCGAUCUCAGUUGACACGAGUUGUCGCUCAACUACAGCGACUACAUCCAACGAAAGUGGGAGAACAGGGCGAAUACUUAAUGGAUAAAUAUCUGCGCGAUUAUCGAAAAGUUAGCAUCUUUUAUUUCUCGAUGUAUCUGGUGCUCAUUUGGAUCUACAACUUGUAUUGGGUCUUCUACUAUUUGGUCUACGAUUUUUGGCUUGGCAUACGCACCUUUAAUCGCAUGCUACCCUAUUACUGCUGGACACCCUGGGAUUGGAGCACCAAUUGGAGUUAUUACGUCAUGUAUUUUUCACAGAAUUUGGCUGGACAAACGUGUGUCUCAGGUCAACUAGCAGCGGAUAUGUUUAUGUGUGCUCUGGUCACACUGCUAGUCAUGCAUUUUAAACGCCUGGCCACACAGAUCGAACAGCAUGUGGCUGGGCAGCAGUCGCCAGAAAAAGAUCUGACCUUUCUGCAAAAGAACAUCGUCUAUCAUCAACGUUUGCUUAUACUUUGCGAGGAUGUCAAUCAAAUCUUUGGCAUCUCAUUGUUUUGCAACUUUGCCAGCUCAUCGUUUAUCAUUUGUUUUAUGAUCUUUCAAAUUACGAUUGGCGGCAACAUCGAUACGCUGGUGAUGCUGGCGUUUUUUCUCUUCUGCGCCAUGGUGCAGGUAUUCAUGAUUGGCAGCUACGCACAGCGUCUGAUUAACGCAAGCCAACAAAUCGGUCAAGCUGUAUACAAUCAUGACUGGUUUGAUGGUGAAUUGCGCUAUCGUCAAAUGUUGAUUCUUAUAAUCAAGCGUGCUCAACGUCCAAGCUAUCUCAAAGCCAGCAUAUUUUUGAAUGUUUCACUAAUAACUGUCACGGAUCUUUUGCAACUUUCAUACAAGUUUUUUGCCUUGUUACGCACUAUGUAUGCUAAGUAAAAAGAAUCAGCAUAGUGACGUAGCUUUAAGCUUUCAGUCAUACUUCAUAGUCCAAGCUUAGCUCUUAGCUUUUUUUAGUGUUAAGCGUACGUUAAUGUGCUUAGCAAUUAGCUUUUGCAAGUAGAACUCAAAUUGACAAAAUGCUAAGUGAUAUGACGGUGAUCAACAAUAUACAAAAUUGCAUAGUUUUAAACGGCAUAAUAUGAGUUUAGCUCUAUAUUUUUAUUUUACAAAAUGCGCAAAGCUUUAGCUGUCCGUUUAGUUAGUAAUGUGACUGGCAGCAAGUGCAAGUGAAACUGACAAAAUGAUUGGGGAAAUGAUUACUGAAUUGGCCAAAUCAUGCCACAACAAUCAUUUACGCCAAAUCCACAACAGUUGUGGCUUCUAAUUAAAUUAAACAACCAACUGGCGCUGCUUGUGGUACAACACAAAGAGUAUCGCUUAAAAAAUACAAGAGAAAUACAGCACACGCCAAGCAUGCCAACGUAAAAAAUACCCUAGAUUUCUUUUUAAUAUUGUUGUAGUCUAAAAAUAAAGAUU